CCUCUGACCGAAGCUUCCGAAUCCAUCCUAGUCUGCCCUAAGAGGGUUACUUUAAAAACAGGGGAAAAUGUACAAGUUUAUGAGCUCUCUCUCUCGCUUUUCCCGUAAUUGAAUUGCUCUCUGUCUAGGGGAAUCAUGGGAUCCAAGAAUUCGGAUUCUCUAGAAACCGAACAGAUAUUAAUAGAAGGAAAUUCUAAUGUGAGGAUAUUGAUACUAAAUAGGCCUUGGCAAUUGAAUGCUCUGUCACAUCAAAUGAUAUCUGGGUUACUAGAGAAGUUCCUAACCUAUGAGGAGGAUCCUAAUGUCAAACUAUUAAUUGUUAAGGGACAAGGGAGAGCAUUUUGUUCUGGUGGUGAUGUUGCAUCUGUGGCUCGCUUGGGCAAUGAAGGUCGCUGGGAUUUGGCUGCGAAAUUCUUUUGGGAAGAAUAUGUCUUAAAUUUUACCUUGGCAACAAAUAUGACUCCCCAGGUUUCACUUCUCAAUGGGAUUGUGAUGGGAGGUGGUGCUGGAGUUUCCAUACAUGGGAGGUUCCGAGUUGUCACAGAAAAAACUGUCUUUGCAACGCCAGAAACAUCGCUUGGACUCUUUCCUGAUGUGGGUGCAACCUAUUUUCUACCUAGGCUCCCGGGUUUCUUAGGUGAAUAUGUCGGCCUCACUGGUACAAGAUUGGAUGGUGCCGAGAUGCUUGCAUGUGGCCUGGCAACGCACUUUGUCUUUUCCUCGAAAUUGGCUUCCCUAGAAGAGGAAUUGUCUAAGGUGGAUACCUCCAACCCAGAUAUCAUUUGUACUGUUAUCGAUAGGUUUUCGCAAAAAGUGCCUUUGAAGGAAGGCAGUGCUUUCAGGAGACUGAAUGUUAUCGAUAAAUUCUUCUCUCAAAGAACAGUUGAGGAAAUUCUAUCUGCUCUUGAGAAGGAAGCUGCCAAUGGAGCAGAUGCAUGGCUUUCUGCCACAAUUAAGUCAUUAAAGGCUGCGUCACCAACGAGCCUUAAGAUUUCUCUCAGAUCGAUCAGAGAAGGUAGGCUGCAAGGUCUCGAUCAGUGCCUCAUCCAAGAGUACAGAAUGGUUUGCCAUGUCUUGCGCAAAAAAUUUAGUAAAGAUUUCUAUGAGGGCUGCCGGGCAAUCUUGAUAGACAAGGACAGAAACCCAAAGUGGGAGCCCUCCAAGCUGGAGCUAGUGAGUGAGAAAAUGGUCGAUCAUUACUUCUCCAAGGUCGAUGAAGAGAAAUGGAGAGAUUUGGAACUCCCUCGAAGGAAGAACACAAAAGACAUCUUUGCUAGACCUAGACUUUGAAGAUGUUGGGGUGACACUACUACCUUAUGUAUGCAUUAUUAAAAUAAGUAAAAAUGUAUCUUGUAUUGAAGCCAUGGAUAUUCGAGUUCUUUAAUAAAAUUAAUUAGUUGCCCAAUCUCAA